CAAUGAUUUUUCUGUGACUGGAAGGUGCAAUGGAGGCUUUGAAGAUUUACAGGCAAUGGAGUUUUUUCUGUUUAAUUAUGGUAAUCCUUUUGUGGGGCUGGACUAUGAACGUUGAGUAUGCUGAUGCAAAAUCCAUCAUUGUGGGAGGAAAUGAAGGAUGGCAUUAUGGUUACAACUAUGAUGACUGGGUAUCAAAGGCUGGCAAAAUUUGUGUCAAUGAUUUUCUUGUGUUUAAGUAUUCUAGUCCACCAUCAAGCCCGUUCCCUCACAGUGUGGUGCUCCUGAAAAACAUCCACAAUUAUAGGGCAUGUAUUCUUAGCCCUGGAAGAGUGCUGGCAGGUCCCACCCAAGGAAGUGGAGGGGGAUACGCUUUUAAAUUGAAAAAGCACCAAAAUUAUUGUUUUGCAUGUGGUAUGGGUAAUGCAACUCACUGUAAUGCUGGGCUUAUGAAGUUUUGUGUUAAGCCAAAAGUUUUGGCAGAAUGUUGAUCAAUGUGUUUGGGGAGAUUGUUGUAAGGUCAGGCAAGAUGCAGUGCAAUGUAUUCGCUUCAAUAAAUGAAUGGUGGUUUGACUCA